AUGUUUUCUGAGGGGGCGUGGGGCUGCGCAGAGUCGGAGCCGCACCGCGGUGACGCACACCGUGGGCGGGGAGGCCGCAACUUCUUUCGAUGGAGGGGGGGUGCGAGGCAGCGCCACGGGAAUGGCGGUGUGCGCGGCGUUGGCAGCAGCGGCCAUGCAGACGGCUCUGCCGCCGCUGACGCUGCCGCUCGGGCCCGUGCGGCGGUGCAGGAGCGCUGCACUCGGUCCGCGUUUUGCACGGCAUUCCCGCACAACAGUAGAGUGCGUGUGCGUACCACGUGCCACACACUCGAUGGGGUUGACUUCAUUGUGGUGGAACGCACGGUCGUUGGCUGCGACGACGUGGUGUACCGUGCGAACCGGGAGGUGUGGGAGCAUGUCCCUUGCGGCCAGGCACGCGUCUUCGUUGCGGGGCCCGGACAGCAGGGCCCGCCUCAGUUGGUGGCGGCUCUUCAGGGACUUCGGAAGUUCGGUGAGUUCGACGCGCCGUACGGUGUGGCUCGCGAGGCGCCUGUUGCGGCGGUGGCACUUGAGGCGAUCGAUGGGGAGAGCGGCCACGUGGCUGCCUUUGCGCACGAUGGCGAGCGCUAUUGGCUGGUGGGCACCGAUGAGGUGCACAUGUUGGUGCGCUUCGGUGUGCCGGAGGAGGAUCUCGCCCUCUGCGGUGGCGAUGCGGGCGUCUCAUGGCGCGCCGCGGUGCCAAGGCGCGUGGUGGGCGUCUGGCGGGACACGUUGCGUGCACUUCCAGCGGGGGCGGUCGUCGCUCUACACGACUACCUGAGCACCACAGGGUACACUGCAUGCUUUGCGGCCAUUCUGCGGGAGUCUGGGCACCUCGUCGACUACGGGCCCUGCGAGACACUAAAGUUCUAUGCGCUUACUCACCGCGAGGCGGCCUCGGCGGCGGCCCUCUGCGUCGACCCCGCGAUCAGCGUGGAGGCGCUGCGGUCCUUCGGCCUCAACGCUGUGACGCCCCAAUUGUCGGUGGAGCUGGCGUCAGGCGAGUACGCGGCCCUGCGAGAGGACGUCGCGCGUCGUCGCAACUGCAAGGGUGCGGUGAUGUACGGCUACGGCGGGGCAGGGGUUGUGGUGCGGAUGUGGAGGCUUCGAUCACACGCAUUCGCAAUGGAGCGGGCGGUGCAGGAGGCCAUCGUGACGCACCGUCUAAGCGGCGCGGCACUCCGCUCGAGGGUCUCGAAGAGGCUCGCUGGGCUGCCGAGGGAGGUGCGCCGGUGCCUUGGCGACUGGGAGGCGACGCGUUUCGACUGCCUCGUGCAGUUUGCAGCGUGGCUGCAUGUGACGGGGCGGCAAACGGCGCAAACGGACCUCGGCGGGCUGCAGGACCUGCGUCGCCGCUGGAUCGCGCUGCAAAACCAGUGCGCGCGGUGCGUCGCCGCCGAUGCGCACCUGCGGUCUUUGGUGGUUCACUACGAGCCGUCCGCUGGCGACGUCGCCACCAGCGAUCCGGACGUCGUCGUCUGCAUUGGCCCGCAGGGUUGCGGCAAGUCCACCUUCUCCCGCGCCCUGUACGCGCUGCUGCGACAGGCCGGUUUUUCGCCGUGCUGGGUCAACCAGGACGAGGCCGGCGGAAGGCGGCAGUUUCUUGACGCCAUUCGGCGCGCGCAACACGAGGGCUACACGCACCUCAUCAUCGACAAGAUGAACCUCGACGAGGCCGCGCGCGAUGACUACGUCGGUCUUGGCCCCAAGACCCUGGCAGUGGCAUGGUCGCACCCCGGUGGCACGGAAGCGCUGGUGGAUGUCUGCUUCGACCGAGUCUGCCGCCGUGGUUCCGCCCACCGCACUUUCAAAGCGGACGGAAGCGAGGGGCGGGGCGUGCGCAGCAUACUUCGGCGCUGCGCUGCGCAGUACCGCCCACCAACAGAAGGCCUGUUCGUCGAAGUCAAUGUGGCAGACGACACAGCCACCGUCGUGCGGCGCGUGUGGGAGGAACUCUCCACUCACGGUACGGCAGACAUGCCGGAGCUCCAAACACUCGAUAUGGCCGCCGCGUUGGGGGUAGCGAACGCCUAUGAGUCUUUUCUGCGUCUUUUUCCCCGCCCCGUGGAGUACGCCGCGAUUCAGAUUGCGUCGCCCGAGCAGGUUCUUGGGCUGGUGCCGCCGGAGAUGCUGGACGGCAAGCAGGUGCAGACGGCCUUCCAUGUGACGACGCUGUACAUUGGCCGCGGCGGCUGCAAGGACCCGGUGCUGCUGCAGCAGCUGGUGAAGCUGCGUGGUGCGUCCAUUCAGCUCACGCUGGUGUCCGUCGUGUCAGACGCGAAGGGGACGGCGAUCGCGGUGCGCAACGAGGGGGAGUUCCCCUGCAAAAACGCUCAUCCACACAUCACCGUUGCGAACGCGCCGGGUGUCCCGGCCGUGUACAGCAACGAGCUGCUGGACGAUUCGCAUGCGAGCGACCCGUGCCGCGCCGUCGUUCCCCUCCCCGCCGGCACCUGCAUUUCCGGGACAUUCGGCUUCGCUUUCCACUGA